AUGACCGAACCUAUCGAUUGGGAAAAGAAAUGGCAAGAUGGCAACACUCAAUGGGAUCAUGGUGAAUCGAGCCCUGCUUUGGUCACUCUUAUCAAGGAACACAGCGACUUGCUUCCUGCUAAGGGUCGUGGUCUUGUCCCAGGUUGUGGUAGUGGUUAUGAUGUGCUACUCCUUGCAACUCCUGAAAGACAUAUGACUGGUUUGGACAUGAGUGCCACGUGCGUCGACAAGUUGAACAAGGAGAUACCAAAGGGCAGCAAUUAUGACUUUAUUUGCGAUGAUUUUUACAACUUCAAGUACCCAGAAGGUGGCUAUGACUUGAUCUAUGAUUAUACCUUCUUGUGCGCAAUGCCACCAUCGAUGCGUCCUCAGUGGGCUUCCCGCAUGGCCGAGAUUAUCAAGCCUGGAGGUGUUCUUGUUGCACUCAUGUUCCCUCUUGAAGAGAAGGAAGGUGGUCCUCCAUUUGGUUUAUCGGUAGACGUCUACAAUGAGCUUCUGGGUCCCAAUUUUGACAACAUUUAUCUUGUUGAUGCCAAAGGUCACGAGAGUCGCAUUGGUAGAGAAAAGAUGAGCGUAUGGAGACGCAAGUAA